ACAGGAAGCAGGAAAACUUUCCCAAACAGAUAUUUGACUCGAGCAGGGAUUAUUUUGGCAGCUGCCUUGAACCAAGUGAUAAUUGUGACUGGAUGCCAGAGCUAACCAGACAGACAGUUUCCUCUAUACUCCCACCAUACCAGGGAUAAAUAAAUGUUUAGUAAUUGGCAGACUGGCCAACAUGAAUCACUCUUUCUUGGAGCACAAUUAGCUGUCAAAACAGAUCUUAGAAAAAAAAUUUUUGCAAAGGGAUUAUGGAGGGUAGGAAAUGCAGGUGAUUUGCAGUGUCUGCCUUUGAUACAAACAUCCUGCUCCUCUACUGUCCCUUUGAACUAACUUUGAUAUGCAAUAAUUAGGAGUGGCUCAGCCCCUGAGGAGAGGUGGCUGCUGCUGCUGCUGCCCUACCUCCUUGCUCGUUUUAUUGAAUCCUUGUUUUGAACUAUUGAUCAAACAGAUUUGAAGAGAUUUGUUGAAGUCUGUGUGGGCUGAAGAGGAAGGAAAUGAGGAGAGGAGGGGAUGGAAAGGACAGCAAACUUGGCUAUAAAUACCCCAGAAGGACAGAGCUCCUCUCCACAGAUUUUCCUCUUCGGCUAGAGAUGUAAAAUGUAAGAAAAGGACUUUUAUUCAAGAAUUUUUCUUUAAAAAGAUUCACAAAUAUCCCAUAUUUGCUGAAUCUGUGUUGCUUGUUUUCAAGCUUCAGCAUAUCUUAGACAACAGUGCUAAGCGCACCAGACCUCACGGGGGAAACCAGAUCAACCUGCCUGAAGAAUGGUGGCAGUCUUGCUGCUGGGGCUCAGCUGCAUCUGUUCCCCAUUGGUAGCCCUGGUUCUAGACUACAACAGCAUCAAGAGUUCAGCUGAAGUGCAGGGCACCAGAAAGAGCUCACAGUGCGUAACAGACCAGGACUGUAAUGCUAGCAAAUUCUGCCUCAAGCAUGAAGAUGAAGCGUCCUUCUGUGUUACCUGUCGUGGGUUACGACGAAGAUGCAAGCGUAAUGCUAUGUGCUGCCCAGGGACUAUGUGUAUAAAUGAUGUUUGCAGCCAGACUGAAGAGGUUACCCCAACAGAAGGAAGAAAGACUGACGAACAGGAUGGUUCUGAUUCAAAAGGGACAACUCAACACCAGAUCCAAGAAAACAACUCUAAAAAAGGACUUGUCAAAUCUCCAAGCCAUAAAGGUCAAGAGGGAAAAAGCUGCCUUCGCACUUCAGAUUGUGCCUUUGGGCUUUGCUGCGCUCGCCAUUUCUGGACCAAAAUCUGUAAGCCAGUUCUCCGUGAAGGACUGGUCUGUUCCCGCCGGGGACACAAAGAUGUUGCUCAAGGUCCAGAAAUUUUCCAACGCUGUGAUUGUGGCCCUGGUUUGUCUUGCCGACCACCGCUCACCAGGCUGCCACAACCGUCGCGCUUAAACAUCUGCCAGAGAAGCUAA